CACGUCCGGUUCUCGUUGCACGAGCAGUUCGAGUCUUCCAAUGAUCGGUCUAUUGCGGCAUUGCCUUGUCAGUUAGUUGACUUAUUACAUUUCACAAUCGAGGUAUAGGCACGUUUAACGCCUUACUGGCGUUUAAUGAAUCUGACACGAAGGAGCCGAAAUGAAUGGUGAAGCACGCUGACUGUAACCUUAGCGGUCUUGAUUUCUGCAAAAGUCAUGUCAUUCUGAACAGCGACAACCACGAUAUUCAAAACGGUAACUGUUGGGCAACAUUCACUGAUGGACAUGGAGUCUGCAUUAUGUCCCUCGUCCAAUCAGAACGGCUGCAUCCUGAACCCACUUCCUGUCUCCGAGACCAAACAGGAACAGAAAGUAGCUCCACCUCCUUGUCUGAGGGUGCAUCUGUACCACCUGGGCCAGGGCGGAGCCAACAGCCAAGACCUCACCUACCCGGCAGGGGACUAUGUGGCUGAGGAGCUGUGCAUCGACGCGGCCAAGGCAUGUGGCCUGUCACCGUUGUAUUGCAGCCUGUUUGGCCUGAUGAGGGAGAGCGACCGCAUGUGGUUCCCACCCAAUCACAUCCUCAAACUCGAUCAAUCAGCAAAUGACAGUCUCCUCUUCAGAGUGAGGUACUACUUCCCUGGCUGGUAUGGAGGCUCCUGUUCCCACCGCUAUGGGGUCAACAAGGGAAUGGACAGCCCGGUGUUCGACGAUACCGUCAUGUCCUACCUCUUCGCUCAGUGGCGUAGUGACUUUGUGAAUAGCUGGGUGAUUAUCCCAGUGGACCAUGAGACCCAGGAGGAGUGUCUUGGCAUGGCUGUGUUGGACAUGAUGAGGAUGGCUAAGGAGAGUAGCCAGUCCCCUGUGGACAUCUAUAACGACACCAGCUAUAAGUCGUUCCUGCCCAAGGACAUGCGUGCCCAUAUCCAAGAGUACCACUUUGUGACCCGGAAGAGGAUCCGCCAUCGCUUCAGGAAGUUCAUCCAGCAGUUCAGCCAGUGUAAAGCCACGGCUCGUGACCUCAAGCUCAAAUACCUGGUGAACCUGGAGACGCUGCACCCAGCCUUCUACUCAGAGUGCUUCCGUGUCACUGAGUCCUUGGAAGGAGAGGUCACCAUCGUCGUCACUGGAAACAACGGCAUCCAGUGGUCCCGGGAGGAGGAUAAGGAGGCAGACAAGGGUUUCCAGACGUACUGUGAUUUCCCUGAAGUUAUUGACAUCAGCAUCAAACAAGCCAACAAGGAUGGCUCUAUCGAGAGUCGCAUCGUCACCAUCAACAGACAGGACAGUCAGACUCUGGAGCUGGAGUUCCGUUCCCUGUCGGAGGCCCUGUCCUUUGUGUCUUUGGUGGAUGGCUACUACCGGCUCAUAGCAGAUGCUCACCACUUCCUGUGUAAAGAGGUGGCGCCCCCUAGGCUGCUGGAGGCCAUUCAGAGUUACUGCCAUGGUCCAGUCUCGAUGGACUUUGCUAUCGGUAAGCUGCGGCGGUCUGGGAAUCACAAGGGUCUGUACAUCCUCCGUAGCAGCCCUAAGGACUACAACAAAUACUUCCUGUCUUUUGUAGUGGGCUGUGACAGCCUAGUUGAGUACAAGCACUGCCAGAUAGUGAAGACAGAUCAGGGAGACUACAUCCUCUCUGGGGCCACGAAGAGUUUUGCCUCUCUGAGGGAGCUGCUCCACCGCUACCAGAAGGAAGCUCUGCGCUCUGACGGACACAUCUUCCAGUUCACCAAGUGCUGCCCGCCUAAAGCUAAAGACAAGUCUAACCUGUUGGUUUGCCGCAGUUACCAGGGUGCUGAGGUUCCCCUGUCCCCCUCUCUGCACAGACACAACAUCAGCCAGAUGGUCUUCCACAAGAUACGCAAGGAGGAUCUUGUCAUCAAAGACAGUCUGGGUCAGGGGACGUUUACUAAGAUCUUCUGUGGCGUGAGGAAGGAGCUGGGAGACUACGGAGAGAUUCACCAGAUGGACGUCCUUGUUAAGAUCCUGGAUAAGGCUCACCGAAACUACUCUGAGUCGUUCUUUGAAGCCGCCAGUAUGAUGAGCCAGCUAUCCCAUAAGCACCUGCUCCUCACCUAUGGCGUGUGUGUCUGCGGAGAGGAGAACAUGAUGGUGCAGGAAUAUGGGAAGUUUGGCUCCCUGGAUACAUACCUGAAGAAGAAGAAGAGCUCUGUGAACAUCACCUGGAAGCUGGAGGUGGCCAAGCAGCUGGCCUGGGCUAUGCAUUACCUGGAGGACAAGAGCCUGGUCCAUGGGAACGUGUGUGCCAAGAACGUCCUGUUGAUCCGAGAGGAGGACAGGAACACUGGGAACCCCCCCUUCAUCAAACUGAGUGACCCUGGAAUCAGCAUCACUGUGCUGCCCAAAGAUGUCCUUGUGGAGCGCAUCCCCUGGGUACCUCCAGAGUGUUUAGAGGAGGACAGACAUCUGACUCUGGCUACAGAUAAGUGGGCCUUCGGCACCACUCUGUGGGAGAUCUGUAGUGGAGGAGACAGACCACUCAGCACACUGGACUGCUCCAAGAAACGUCUGUUCUAUGAAGACCAUCACCAGCUGCCUGCUCCUAAGUGGACAGAGCUGGCCAACCUGAUCAACAGCUGUAUGGACUAUGAGGCGUCCAACAGACCCUCCUUCAGAGCUGUUAUCAGAGACCUCAACAGCCUCUUCACACCUGACUAUGAGUUGCUGGUGGAGAGUGACAUGGUGCCCAACAGGGCCAGAGGGUUUGGGUUCCCAGGGGCCUUUGAGAACCAAAACCCUGCUCAGUUUGAAGAGAGACAUCUCAUCUUCCUCAAGCAGCUGGGCAAGGGUAACUUUGGCAGUGUGGAGAUGUGCAGGUAUGACCCUCUGCAGGAUAACACUGGGGAGGUUGUGGCAGUCAAGAAGCUGCAGCACAGCACAGCUGAACACCUCCGAGACUUUGAACGGGAGAUAGAGAUCCUCAAGUCCCUUCAGCAUGACAACAUCGUCAAGUACAAGGGAGUGUGUUACAGUGCUGGCCGGAGGAACCUGCGUCUCAUCAUGGAGUACCUCCCCUAUGGCAGUCUGAGGGACUACCUCAUCAAGAACAAGGCCCGCUUCGACUACAAGAAGCUCCUGCACUACGCCUCACAGAUCUGCAAGGGCAUGGACUACCUGGCGACCAAACGCUACAUCCACCGUGACUUGGCCACGCGUAACAUCCUGGUAGAGAGUGAGCUGAGGGUGAAGAUCGGAGACUUUGGCCUCACCAAGGUCCUGCCUCAGGACAAGGACUACUACACUGUCAGAGAGCCGGGAGAGAGCCCCAUCUUCUGGUAUGCCCCGGAGUCUCUGACAGAGAGUAAGUUUUCAGUGGGCUCUGACGUGUGGAGCUUUGGAGUGGUCCUCUAUGAGCUGUUCAGUGACAAGAACUGCAGUCCUCCGGCAGCGUUCAUGGAUAAGAUGGGCCGUGACAAGCAGGGUCAGAUGAUAGUGUAUCACCUCAUAGAUCUCCUGAAGAAAGGAUACAGACUGCCUGCUCCCCAGGGAUGCCCUGAGGAGAUCCAGCACAUGAUGACCGAGUGCUGGAACAUUGAUCCAGCCCUACGGCCCACCUUCAAGAAGUUAGCCCAGACCGUGGACAUGUUCCGGGACAGUAAGGAGGGCUGAGAAACCCUUCCUGGAGGUCUCUGCUGGAGGGGCCUGGCCCAGCCCACACCGAUCACCUGGGUUGUGUUCAUUAGGCACCAAACGGACUGAAAGGGAUUACCUGGACUUGUCCAAUAAGAAACGCUCAGUUUCCUUUUUCUGUUGCAAAGCGCUUUGCUACGGUGUGCCCUAAUGAAUACAUCCCUGACGACGCCUCAACUCUAAAAGACAACGACACUGAAGUCACCUGACCCAACCGUCUUCUGGAGCAGAGCGCAGAAAACGGGGGAGUAUUACCAAUGGCAUUCUGGGACAAAGUCUCAAAAAUGGUCUACUUUGUGUUCAAACAUAGCCACUUUUUCAGGGAUUCUUGGGAUCUCUGAAAUUACCAUAUGCUGUUACUUUGUUGCCGUCAUUUCUCCAUUUGGAGAUGUUUUCACUGUUUGCCUUCUUUCAGACUCUGACUCUCUCCAGCACAGAACACCCAGCUGUUGAUGAUGUGUUAACGGCGACACAGAACACCCAGCUGUUGAUGAUGUGUUAACGGCGACACAGAACACCCAGCUGUUGAUGAUGUGUUAACGGCGACACAGAACACCCAGCUGUUGAUGAUGUGUUAACGGCAACACAGAACACCCAGCUGUUGAUGAUGUGUUAACGGCGACACAGAUCACCCAGC